CCAAGCAGCCUUCCACUCAUCCUCUCUCUGUCGCUCAUUCCCUCUGUCUGCAGAUACACCUCUUCUGUUUCUUCUCCCCCUCUCCAUCAAGUCAUCUCUCCUCCUCUUUCACCCCUUCUCUUUCCUCCUAACUCAGUCAUCUUUUGCUUCGCCUUUUAAUGGAGGGGAGUCGCUGAUUUUCUGGGAUGGGCAGGGCGGUUUCCCCAAUCGCAAACUCCAACCUUCAGUUGACCACCGCACUGCAAGUCCCAUGUUUGCACCCCCAGACUUUACAUAUGUGAGCAGGCCAGUGUCCCGCUCCUCUCCAAAGCAAGAUCCAGACUUCCUCCUUGUACCAAAACCAAAGUUCAUCCGGAGCCUGGGCCAACAUUGCACCUGAAGGGCAGCUAAGCACCACGACGAUUUAAAGCAUAAAAGAUAAUUAAAAAAGAGUUGGACAAGUUUAAUGGGACUGCUGAAAAUAGCCACAUGCCUCUGAGUCCGGCUGCUGACACCAAACAUGAUCGCCCGCGGCAACAGGCGGUUACUAACGGCAACCCAACAGGCUCUGCUGUUGCCAGGGACGACGACGGGGAGGAUAGCCCCCCUGGAAACAGCAUUGUUGUCCGCAUUGGCAUCCCGGAUCUGCAGCAGACGAAAUGUUUGCGGUUGGACCCAGAGUUGCCAGUUUGGACCAGUAAGCAGAGGGUUCUGGUGACCUUGACUCAAUCUCUGUCGGAUGUUUUGAACUAUGGUCUCUUCCAGCCGGCGUUCAACGGCCGAGCAGGAAAGUUUCUGGAUGAAGAGAGGCUGCUGAAGGAGUAUCCUCUGCCUCCCAUCACACCCAUCCCAUACCUGGAGUUUCGCUAUAAGAGAAGAGUUUAUACUCAGAGUUAUGUUGAUGACAAACAGCUGGCAAAAUUGCACACCAAGGCCAACCUAAAGAGGUUUAUGGAACAUGUACACCAGAAAAAUGUGGAGAAGGUUUGCAAAUGGUUGGAAAAAGGCCUCGAUCCCAAUUUCCAUGACUCUGACAGUGGAGAGUGUCCAUUGACUUUGGCUGUUCAGUUAGAAGAGAGUUGUGACCUUAUAAAAGUUCUUCGAAGUGGAGGGGCUCAUUUGGACUUCAGGACCAGAGAUGGCAUCACAGCAUUGCAUCGGGCCGUCCUCUGCAGAAACAGUGCUGCUCUUACUACAUUACUGGACCUGGGAGCAUCCCCGGACUACAAGGACAGCAGAGGCCUUACUCCUCUCUACCACUCUGCCAUGGUUGGAGGUGCCCCCUACUGCUGCGAGCUGCUAUUACAAGACCAUGCCACCAUAGGGAUAACGGAUGAAAAUGGUUGGCAGGAAAUCCACCAGGCGUGUCGCUAUGGUAACGUGCAGCACUUGGAGCACCUGCUAUUUUACGGAGCUGACAUGGGCUCCCAGAAUGCAUCAGGAAAUACUGCACUGCACCUCUGUGCUUUGUACAACCAGGACAGUUGUGCCAGAGUCCUUCUCUUCAGGGGAGCCAAUAAAGACGUCAAAAACUACAAUAACCAGACAGCAUUUCAGGUGGCGAUCAUUGCUGGUAACUUUGAUUUGGCUGAAAUUAUCAAAAUCCACAAGCCCUCCGAUGUUGCAGUCCCCUUUAGAGAAUCUCCGUCUUAUACUAAGCGCCGCCGAGUUGGUGGGGCCAGGACUUCAGCUGGAAAUGGCCUGUCCUCUCCUCGCUCUCUGAUUCGGUCAGCAAGUGACAAUGCUCUAGAAAGUCCCGCCUCUUCACCAGGACCCUCUCUUCAAAGUCUGGAGAUGCAUCAUGACGCACACACCCACUCACUCAGACGCCACACACGCAGACUCAGUCCAAGUGGAGGAGGUCAUGCUGAGACAACAAGCCCUCCCUCUUCUCCUCCUCUGACACCCCAAAUGAGGAAGAGGCGCCUGUACAGUGCUGUGCCAGGUCGCACUUUCAUCGCCACUCGCUCUUUUGUCCCUCAGGGAGCAGGAGAAAUCCAGCUGCACAGAGGAGAGCGGGUCAAAGUGCUUUCUAUUGGUGAAGGAGGAUUUUGGGAAGGAACUGUUAAAGGACGCACCGGCUGGUUUCCAGCUGAUUGUGUGGAAGAAGUGCAAAUGAGACAAUAUGAUCCCCGACUGGAGACAAGAGAGGACCGAACUAAAAGACUGUUUAGACAUUACACUGUAGGGUCUUAUGACAACUACACGUCUUAUAGUGACUAUGUGAUUGAAGAGAAAACAGCAGUGUUGCAGAAGAGAGAGAGUGAGGGAUUUGGCUUUGUCCUCCGAGGAGCUAAAGCUGAAACACCUAUUGAAGAAUUUGCACCUACCCCAGCAUUUCCUGCCCUUCAGUAUUUGGAGUCUGUGGAUCAAGGAGGGGUCGCUUGGAGGGCAGGCCUAAGGACUGGUGAUUUUCUAAUAGAGGUAAAUGGUACUGAUGUUGUGAAGGUGGGUCAUAGGCAAGUGGUUUCUCUCAUCCGUCAAGGAGGAAGCCGUCUGCUCAUGAAGGUUGUUUCUGUUUCGCGAAAAUCUGAAUCGACCCUGAUCAGAAAGAAAGCUCCACCUCCUCCUAAAAGAGCCCCCAGCACCUCAUUGACCCUCAGAUCUAAGUCCAUGACAGCUGAUCUAGAGGAGAUAGAGAAACUGGAUGAGAUGUUAGCGGGAGGUUCUCAAGAGGUUGUCCUAAGGUCCCGCCCAUCAGACGACUUUAGGGCAGCUACAGUGAAACAGAGACCAACCAGUCGAAGAAUCACUCAGGCUGAAAUAAAUUCUUUAUUUGAACGUCAGGGUUUGGUUCCCCCCUCUCCCCCAGAGAAGAGCACCAUGCCUUUACCAAGAGGAAUGUCCCGAACCAAGAGCUUCGGUACUCCUGAGGAUGACCGUAUCACUGCUUUAAUCAACGAGAGCCGUUUUCCGCGAAGCUCGUCUUUAACAGACAGCUUCAUCCCUCCUCCUCCUCAGACUGCCCCUCCGCCCCCGCCCUCCGCCUCCUCCAUGUCCUCACUCUACAUCCUGGAGUCUGGGCCUCCUCCAUCCUUCCUUCCGCCUCCUCCUCCAGCCCGAGGGGAAGGGCUAGCUCGCUCCAGUUUUAAACCAGGGACUGAACCAAGACUUCCAGAGCUUUGCGAUUCCCCUGCCAGAAGUCAUGCACAUGCAGAGCGGCAGAGGAAGGCCAGGUCCAUGAUCAUUCUGCAGGACACUCCACCGCUCCAGCCUGAGACACACACUGCUGGUCCCCAUGCCCUGCACACAGCCACGCACACAGCCACACACACUCUUCACACCGCGACGCACACCUCCACGCUGUCUCUACACGGCACCAGUCCUGUUCUGGGACAUUCACCUUUGCAACGUCGCCGUGGGCGCCCAAUAGAGAACCCUUAUGCUAAUGUAGGACAGCAAGCUCCCCCCUCCAAACCUCAGAGAAGGAAGUCACCUUUGUUAAAGCAACUUCCUGUUGAGGAACAAGGUCUUGGGGUCAAAGAACAUGAUGGCAAACAGGAAGGGAGUAGCAGUCCCAGCAGGGCUGAGCUAUACCAGCAGCAGGUCCUCUCUGAGCGCGCUCGAGUCCAAGGUCGAAGAUCUUCCCUUUUCCUCUCUGUAGAAGGGGCAGGGUCAGAAAACCAGCCACCCCUUCUUCUGACUCAGAGCCAUUCAAUGGAUGACCUUGGCGAACUUCCUCCUCCAGCGCCUGUCCUGUCGCCCUCUCCAACACCCCACACUUUCCUCCACCCCCUUACAGGGAAACCUCUAGAUCCCUCUUCUCCACUAGCCCUAGCUCUUGCUGCGCGUGAACGAGCCCUAACUGCCCGCACACCAAGUCCUGAACCAAGAAGCAAACAUGCAUCUGCCUCCACAACCCCCAUUCCCACUCCUGCUGCUAGCCCAGAAGGCCGACACAAACGCACCCCUAUCAGCACACCGCAGAGCAGCCCUGAGCCACGGUCCAAACGCACCACUCCACAGACUAGCCCUGAGCAGAGAACUAAACGUACCACUCCUCAAACCAGUCCUGAACUAAGGCAUAAACGUAUUACCCCGCCCCUUUUCCCUGAUGGACAGGUUGAGCGCCCAGAAACUGAGGGAGGAGUUACCUCUCCUGCUGCCCCAUCCCCUGAGCGCUGGAGACCCUCCCCUUUAGCAACACUGGCCAAUGAGAGUCAUACUGCGUUGAUUGAAAGGCGUAGAAGCCUCACAGUGGGCAGCUCUGAGGAGGAGGGUGGGGCAUAUACAGUGACUCUCCCACCUGCUCUUCUCUCAUCUAGUGAUGAAGAAACGAGAGAGGAGCUUCGGCGAAUUGGUCUUGUAACUCCACCCCCUGGCUUUUCCAAUUCCCAGGCCCCUCCACCUCCAUCCUCCCUGUCACUUGUGCCUCGGCGGGGUGCUGAGGGAGGUGCUGGAGAGGCAGGUCCUGACUCUUUAGGGAGGCAAGGAGAUGAGGAGAAUGGUGAAGAGCAUCUUCAAGACUCAUCAUCACCCAGCUCACUGCCACCAUCCAUCACUUUAGCCUCACCCACUGCUCCUACAGCUCCAUCGUCACCUCCAGCAACCCACACUUCCUCUACUGCCACCUCCCCCUCAGCACUCAAGCCUCGCCUUCGCUCACCUAUUGGGAGGGGGCGCUCCUCUCUCCGGGAUCCACUGUUGAAACAGUCGUCAGACAGUGAAUUGCUCCCCUUAGCGGCAUCCUCACCAUCUUCCCCCCUGUGUUCGUCACCCACUGGAGGAGCUGGGAGGCAGCCUCGCUACCUGUUUCAGAGGAGGUCCAAACUGUGGGGCGGGAUCGAUGACAGAGCGGAAGAACGAAGGGGCUUCAAUCCAGAUGAGGGAGUUCGGCCAGCCGCACUGGGAGGCCAGAGCUCUGGAUCGGCUGUAGAUCUAACCAGUCGUUCGGCGUCCGCUCUGGAGUUAAGUGGAAGAGCGGGGUCUGGCCUGGAUCUGGCCAAUCGUCUCCAGCUUCUGAACAAGGACAGUCAUUCUCUAGGAGAGGAACCUAGUCCUCUGGACCCUGGCAGAAGGUCACCCGUGGGAGGUGCCAGGUUGUUUUCCAGUCUAGGUGAACUUCACACAAUUUCCCAGCGAGGAUUUGGUGCUAGUUACACAGUGCGACCAGGCAGCCGCUAUCCAGUCACCCGUCGAAGCCCGUCGCCUUCUCCUUUGCCUGCUGAAAGAGCUAUUGGACUUUCCACAUCCCCCACUACCUGUCCAGAGAGGCCAGACCUGAGCUCAGGCCGGGGGCUCACCAUUCUGAAGUCCUCCAGCCUCAGUCUGCCUUCAGAACCAAAGGAAGUUCGUUUUGUUAUGAGGAGUGCUAGUGCCAGGACCCGCUCUCGCUCUCCCUCACCCUCACCACAUGCCUCUCCCUGUCCCUCCCCUGUCCUUAGUGGCCCCUUGUUGGCCCUUCGCCCAUGGAGGCAGCGCCCCCUCAACUUGUGGAAUAAAUAUGAUGUGGGUGAUUGGCUGGAGAGUGUUGGGCUUGCUGAACACCGUCAGCGCUUCCAAGACCAUGAGAUUGAAGGCUCCCAUCUGCCAGCCCUCACCAAAGAGGACUAUGUGGAGCUGGGUGUCACCAGACUGGGACACAGGAUCAACAUCGAGAGGGCACUGCGUCAGCUACUGGAUGGAUCAACUUGACCCUCAAUCUCUGAUCAAUUAGAAUUGUGACAUAAAAUUGUUUUUGGUAAAAUUAUAGGUAUUCUCUUUUAUUAGCACAUGGAUUUUAGGCUUAAUUAAGUAAUUAUUGUAUACUAAUUGUUAUUAUAAAAUUUUAAAUCUGCCCCUUGUAACAAUUUUUUUUUCAAGUGAAUAUAUUUGACAUUUUACACUUAAAGCCGACAUUGAGUCCUGUACUGGAUAAGAGGUAAAAUAUGAAUGGACUGAGGUUUACGAAUAUCACUGUUGUCAUUCUCUUGGAGUUUUGUGCCCCACGGUUCUGUAAUGGGGCUGGUUCAACAAACUACUAUGUUUUUGUGAAUUGAUUAUUUUCCAAAUAAUACUAAGAAAUUGUUUAAGUUCAUAUAUAAAUGCAAAUUAUUUAGUUCAUAAAUAAGAAGUAAUAAUAUUAUGUAGUGGUGAUGACUUAGAAUUAAUGGAAAUCUGUUUUCAUUUCUUAUGAUUUGACAAUGAGUUGAAUUCAAGCUCACUUUGAUGAUGUUUGAAAUUCACAAUGAUUUGUCAAUGAGUGUGACUUUGUGCUGUGUUUCAGGGAGAGCUACAGCCGAGCUCCAACUGUAAACCUCUGGUUAAUAACCUGCUUAUUGAGGGCUGACUGUACAAGGUGCUAUUUGUUUAAAGCCAUUUGUACAGAAAUAGCUUUUUCCUUCCCCGGUGACACUGACCCGCAACAUUUUGGUUGAAUUUCAAAGUCUUUUAUUCUUCAAAAUAUCAGAAAAA